AUGGACGACGUACAGAUAUGUGAAGACCUCGACUCGUUGGGGAACGCAAAUGGGCUAAGUGACGAGCUAGGGAACUUUAAAAAUUUUGGGGGCACAUUCAACAAGUACAGCAUUCUAUACGAUGAAGAAGAUAACGAGUUGAAAGAAUUAGAUCGCUUCGAGAAUAUGUUCAAGGAGGCAAAUGUAUGCUUCACACAUUUCGAGAAUAUUCAAAAUGACUUAAAAAAAGUUAACGAGUUAGACAAAAGUGCAGAAGAAAAAAUUUUGGAAAGUAGCAAAAUGACAAGCGAAAUUAUGGAGGAAAUGAACAAACUGAAGAAGCAAAAAUGUACUAUCAGGAAGAAAGAAAAAAUGUAUGACAAAAUUUUAAGGCAAUAUAGUUUAAGUCCCCUAAGCUAUAACAACUUAACGGACAUAAAUAUUUCGCUAAAUAUUGCAUUUUUUGAACACUUAAAACAGUUUGAGUACACCAAGGAAAAUAUAAUAAAGUUGCUAAACGAAAAUUCAACUGACAAAAUAAGCAAAUUUUAUUCGAAGCAUUACAGCAAGAUAUUGAAUAAGGCGUGCAAGAAAAUGUGCCUUUAUGUGAUCAGAGAGAAUAACAAUUAUUACAGAAGGACAAAAAAAGUUACCGAUUUAUUGUUGUGCCCCAUUUCGGAAGAAAAAGAAAAGAGAAAAAUUAUGAUAAAAAAUUAUGUCCAGAAUUUUUCCCCUUUGACAAAAUUGUGCUAUAAAAUUAUUAUCGAAAAUAUGGAAUACUUCAACAUAUGUCUCACCAAUUUUUUGCACUUUAGAAUAAAGUUACUCAAAAGAAAUUACAACGAUUUGUUUUGCGGUCAUGGUAGUAAGAUAAUGGGGAAGAACAACUCAGAAGCGGAGUUACACCCCAUAGAUGAUUCCAUAGAAAUAUUUAAAAACUUCUUUUCAACAAUGUACUACUUGAUAACGGCAGAGGAUCACUUCUUCAAAAUCCUGCUACUGUUCAAUUAUUAUUAUACCAACAUAACAAUCCCGUACAUAACUGCUCACGUGGAAAAUAUGCAUAACAAUUUAUACACGAUAAUUGACUCCUUGUAUGUCCCCUCCAGCCAUUUUUUAGACACAAAUUUGAGUAGCUACCCCAAGAGUUACUAUACUUGUUAUGAAUUAUUUCACAUUGUAAACAUUUUCAUUUUUAAAUUGAAAGAAUUUCAAAACAACUGUGAAAUAACGCAAGACGUCAAAGAUAUAAUUAGAGAAAAUUCCAUCGAAAUGAUACAUUUUAAUCCAGAUUUGAAUGGUAGUCAACCAAGUGGCUCCAACUUACAAAGUGGAGUCCCUCUCCACGAAAAUUCAUUCUUAGAAAAUUAUAAAAUUAAUCUUGGAAAGGGAUUCCAAAGGAGGAACUCCAUUUUGUGGGACCUUUCAAACAGCAUCCCAGAUGGUUCCCACAGUAAACUUCCGAGCGAACACCGCACCAAUCAGACGAACGAAGAACAGUUGUUAAGCGGUGAACCAGUAAACAAUCUAAACACGGAAUAUUCUCAAAAGGGGGCAGAUAUAGACGAAAUCAAAAAUGUGGAGAUUGUCCCAAAUGUGGUUGAAGAACAAGGAUCUCUGGACCAAGCAGAACGUGUAGGCGGAAAACGGCACAGCGCGAAUGAACUCGCCAUUCCUCAACCGGAUGAUGGGGCGAGAAGCAGUGUGGAGGAUGCCCAAACAGGCAGGAGUAGAAGCGAGUUAGGCGAAAAAAACAGUGGGGUAGAAAAAUACAACUGCAAGCUGCUAAACUAUACGCAAAAAAUACAGAAAAAAAUAGAAAACGAAUUCAUCGCGGUGUGGCAAAAAGACGUUGUCACCUUCUACCUUAGUAAAAUCACCAAAGUGGACGAACCCAAUUAUUUUGAUAACACACUGUCAGUUAUAAAAAAAAUAUUUAGUGCCUUGAAUCAUGUAUACUCUAUAUACAGAAGAAACAGUGCCCUAUUCGGCUCCCACAGCAACGAGCAAAAUUUUCAAAACGUCCUUGACAUCACAAUCAACCCCCUAAUAAAUAACUCCUUGAAAAAUAAAAAUCAAAAUGUAGAAAGAGAUUACAUAUUUAUUAUAAAUAUAUUUAUCUUUAUGCAAGAAAAUGUAAAAAUGUUUGAAGGCUCCUCUAAGUACUGCGAUUUACUGGGUAUAAUUAUCCAUGAAAAAAUGGAAAAAGUCUUGGAGCUAGAAAAUAAAAAUUUAUUGGCCAGCUUAAAGUUAGACAAAAUUAGGAAAGGGGAGGAAAAUAACAUAAAGGAAAUAAAACUGAUUUUUGAAAAUUUUUAUAAAUUUGCUUUUUCGGAGAAGUUUAAUGAUUUCCAUGUGGUGAACAAAAUUCAAUCAAGUCAUAUCAAAAAGGACAUGCAGUUGGCCAUAUUUAAUAACAUACAUACGGAAUAUGUACACUUGUACGAAAUGUAUUCCAAAAAAGUGAACAUGCUUUAUUCGCCCGAUCAAAUAAAGGAUGUCCUUUUGAAAAAUUU